AUGUCUACCCAAGACAAUACUCUACCUUUCGAUGAGUGGCAGUCCAUUCGAAUGAAAACAACGGACACUAGUCUUUUCGCCCGCUACAAUGGCACCGGCCCAGCUGUUCUGUUGUUGCACGGAUGUCCGCAGCAUUCUUUGAUGUGGCACAAAGUAGGCCCGCUACUUUCUACAAAGUAUACAGUAAUCUGCCCAGACCUACCCGGUAUGGGCCAGUCGACGCUCAGCGAAUCCGGAACAUACACUUCCUCCGCAGCAGCUGAAGCCAUUAUUGAAUUGCUCGAUUUCUUACACAUUGAGAAGGUCGCUAUAUUUGGCUAUGACAAAGGCGCUUCGGUUGGAUCCGUCCUCGCCUGGAAGUACGCCGACCGUGUAACCUCACUAAGUGUUGGCGAAUAUGCUUUACCUGCCUUUGGACACGAAAUCAUCCAGAACCCAGAGCCGUCGAGGAACCUGUAUGGGCAUUGGCAUCUCGCCCUCUUUACCAUCCCCGAGGCAGCCGAGUUUCUCAUUCGCGGCCGUGAGAAGGAGUUUCUUAAUUGGUACUUCUGGCAUAGUUCGUAUUCAGCAGGCGCGACUAUAUCGCUGGAGCAUGUCAAGCGCUAUGCAGCAGCGUUGGCAAAGCCGGGAUAUUUGCGCUCCAUGACGGAGUUUCUCAACGGCAACAUCUGGCGCGAGGUUGAAUACUUCAACCCGCUGAGAGACGACCCAAUUCGACUUCCUCUGACUGUUCUUUGGGGAGAAGCUAGCAUGGUGCCUGAGGAAGUCAGUCAAGAUCUAUGGGGACCUACAGCAACUUUAGUCAAGACAGUAAUUGUACCAAAGGCAGGACACUGGCUAGCGGAUGAAAACCCCAGGUGGUUGGCAAAGUUCAUCGACCAGAAUGUUGCCAGCUCUGCCGUCGAGCCGACGUUUGUCGAUCUCAGUUAUUUGGAAGAUCGAGUUACGAUGAUGUAG